AGAAAUGAUUGACAAGCAGCCAUCCAAUAGCUGUGUAGCUGCCGCCCAAACUCUCUUGUGAUUGGUCACUUGCUCGGCAUAUAUAUCCUUCACGCGCCCUUCCUCUUCCUCUUCCUUUCACGCGACCCUAUCGUGAACGGUACUACCUUGUCUUUAAACCAGCUGUUAAGCGGUCCUUGGAAGCACUGCAAAGAUGCCCAGGGAAGACAGGGCCACGUGGAAGUCCAACUAUUUUAUGAAAAUCAUCCAACUCCUGGAUGACUUUCCAAAAUGCUUCAUCGUGGGUGCAGACAAUGUGGGCUCCAAGCAGAUGCAGACCAUCCGUCUGUCUCUGCGUGGCAAGGCUGUGGUGCUGAUGGGUAAAAACACCAUGAUGCGCAAAGCCAUUCGUGGCCACCUGGAGAACAAUCCUGCUCUGGAGAAGCUCCUGCCUCACAUUAAAGGAAAUGUGGGCUUUGUCUUCACCAAGGAGGAUCUGGCUGAGGUCAGGGACAUGCUGCUGGCCAACAAGGUGCCUGCAGCUGCCCGUGCUGGAGCCAUUGCCCCUUGCGAUGUGACUGUGCCAGCCCAGAACACUGGUCUGGGUCCUGAGAAGACCUCUUUCUUCCAGGCUCUGGGCAUCACCACCAAGAUCUCUAGGGGAACCAUUGAAAUCUUGAGUGAUGUCGGUCUGAUCAAAACCGGCGAUAAGGUUGGUGCCAGCGAAGCCACACUGCUUAACAUGCUGAACAUCUCACCCUUCUCCUACGGACUUAUCAUCCAGCAAGUGUAUGAUAAUGGCAGUGUUUACAGCCCUGAGGUGCUCGACAUCACAGAGGCUGCUCUGCAAGCCAGAUUCCUGGAGGGUGUGAGGAACAUCGCUAGCGUGUGUCUGGAGAUUGGCUACCCCACAUUGGCCUCUGUCCCACACUCCAUCAUCAAUGGCUACAAGAGAGUCCUGGCUGUAGCUGUGGAGACUGACUACUCCUUCCCCCUGGCAGACAAGGUCAAGGAGUUCCUGGCUGAUCCAUCUGCUUUUGCUGCUGCCGCAGCACCUGUAGCUGCUGCUGAGACUGCUGCUGCUCCAGCUGCUAAGGAGGAGGUUAAGGAGGAGUCUGAGGAAUCGGAUGACGAUAUUGGCUUUGGUCUGUUCGAUGGCGACUAAACGAUCAGUAAACUAACAGUCGAAUAAAACCAUGAUUCAAUAAAGUUCCUCAUCUCCA